AAUGUAAAUUUUAAUAUGUACUGAGUAAUAAUAUUAUCAAAUUAAAAGUCAUUUGUUUUUGUUGACAUAUUUUUAAAAGUGAUUUAAAAUGAGUGAAGUAUUAACAUUAGAAGUUAUAGAAAAUGACGAAUUCUUUAAACAAUUCUUGAAUGGUGAUUUAAAGAAUACAGAGAUUGAUAAAGUAUUGUCAGUAGUUCAACAAUUAAAUAAAUUGGGCCAAGCUAUCGAGGUUUUACGUUCUGAAUUACAAAACCAAGUACUUGCAAAUUAUGAAGAUUUGUUAUCUCAAGCAACAUGGGUUGAAAAGUUGGAAGAUGUACUUUCAAUAAUGCAAACUCAUGUACAAAAUUUGUUACUAGCCGUAGAACGUUUACGUGGGAAAAUAGUGGAACCAUUUAAUAGAAUUGAAACUCAAGCUGUAGUAUUAUCACGUCUUCAUGAAACAUCUGAUCUUCUGCGAAGAGUAGCAAGAAUGCAACAUUUAUCUAAACGAUUAGGUUCACAAAUGACUAAUGUUAUUCAAGGCCCAGAUAUAAUAAAAGUAGCUAACAAUUUACACGAACUUGAACAAUUAAUGUCGGAUACAGAUUUAAAUGGCCUAGAUAUAAUUGCUGAUGAUCAACAAGCUGUUAAAGCUCAUAGAGCAGUUGUAAAAAGAGUUGCUACUCAUACAUUAACUCAAGGUUUACAAGCAAUGGAUAGAGUUAAGGUCAGUACAGCUAUACAAGUAUUUCAAAACUUAGGAAUUGUAAAUGAAGCAAUAGAAAUAACUAUUGCAAAUAAUUUAGCUAAUAUCAAGAAAAAUACGAUUGAAUCUUUCGAUGUUCUUUUAUCUAAAAGUCAAGAUAUUAUGAAAAAAGUAGCACCAGGUCGUGCUUCAACACCUACACCAGGAACAUCAGGAAAUUUACGUACCCGUAUUUGGGAAAAUCUUGAAAGACUUUUUCAAGAUGCUUUGUAUUCGCAGUGUAUACAAAUUGAAUUAUUGCAAAAAACAUUAUUGGAAAAUCAUGCAAAAGAAUAUAAUGAUUUAUCUGAAACAUUUUGGACGAAAGUUAAUCAACUAUUGAGCGAAGUACUUAUUUCACGUUCACAAGGAUCAUCGCUUGUAAAACAAGCCUUGGAAGGAGAAUAUCCAAAAUUUUUGCGAUUAUUUUUAGAUUUGAGUAAACGUUUGAAGGAUAGAUCGCAAAGUUUUGGUACCUAUAACAUUAACCGUAAUGUUUUGUCAUCGUUUGAAAAUGCAUAUCUUUCUCGUUCUGUAUCUCGUCUUUUGGAUCCUGUACAUACUAUGUUCUGUGGAACUAAUUUACCAAGCCAAGAUGAAAUUGAUACUUUAAUUCGUACUGUAACAAAUGAACUCAGUGUUUCACUUGUGGAUGAUGGUUUAUCCAUUGUGGUUGCACGUAAUGUAAGCAAAUCUAUACGUUUGUUUUGCUUAAAAUGUGAACAGGGAUUGGUAACAGGUGGAGAAGCAAGCCAAGUUAUAGAUUCACCUACAGCUGGACAACAGACCAAUGUCACUUUAGCAAAUUUAUUACAUUAUCUUUCUAGUCAAAUAAAUCGUGUAAUUGCCAACUUAUCAUCUGGUUUACCAGUUGAAGGAUCAACAAUUAUUUCAUCAGCAAUUAAAGAAUCAGAUGUAUUAACAAAAAGUAUACUGUCACCAUUGUUAGCUUCUAUCAGUGAUGCAAUUGAAAGUAUUAUUUUAACUAUGCACGAUGAUCCUGAUUUUCGAGACACUAGCAGUCCUCUCGGAAAAGAUGUUUCUUGUUCAUUAUACAUGCGUGAAUUACAAGGUUUUAUUUUAAGAUCUGUAAAUACAUUCCUUAUUCCUUAUAAAAAUCAAGCAGUGGUUACUGAAUGUUGUAAGAGUGUAGCUUCAAGAUGCAUUGAAUUAUUUAUGAGACAUGCUUGUUUACUGAGGCCAUUAACAGAUUUUGGAAGAAAAAAAUUAAUUAUGGAUUUCACUCAGAUGGAGCUUGCUGUAUCACCGUUAUGUGGUGGAGGACAGUUAAGUUUGUUAGAACAACAACAGUAUAGAAGAUUAAGAGCUUUAAAAGCAUUACUAUUACAAAAACCAGAAGAUAUGGUACAAAAAGUUUUAGAAGAUCCAUCGGAGAAUAGUGUACCACCAUCACUUCUUCUUUUACAUUUAUUUUCUGGUGCACCACCUGAAUUAUUAUCUCCACAUCAAAGUGCAGGUUGGUCUAUUGGAAGAUUAUCUCAAUGGAUCGAUAGUCAUCCAGAAGAAAAAGAUAGAAUUGCUCUUAGUAAGGGAUCAUUGGAACGAUAUCAGUUAACGAUACAACAAAAUAAUAUUCCAUCUUUCCAUCCUUUGUAUCCAUUGAUGACAAAAUUAGCUAACUUAUACGAUCAUAAUAAUUAAAAUGAAUUAUUUAUUAUAGUGAUACGUAAAUGUUAAUUAACAAUAGAAUUUUAUAA